AAGGGUGGUUGUCUUUGUGUGCUGGGGUUUCUGUUCAUGUUGUUCAUUUUGCAAUCCAGUGAAGGCAAAGCUAUGCCUGGAAGCCCUCCUUUGCUGACUGUAGUGAGCUGCUCCAGACAGUAUGAUGAGGGCUGUCCCAAGGCUGUCCUGACCCUGCAGCCUGCCUGGGCACAGAUAUUCAUAGGAGAAACAGUCACCCUGAGUUGUGAGGUGGAGGGGGGCUCUGAUGGCUGGAGGUUUAAACAGUACAGAGGUAGACGUGAAGAGGUAGGGUGCAGUGAUCAAUACAGCAGGAGAUAUGGGGACAGCUGCACAAUCAGCAAAGCUCGGUAUCACCACAGUGGAGUCUACUGGUGUGAGUCUGCAUCAGGACAGGAACACAGUAAUGCUGUCACCUUAACUGUAUCCAAUAAACGAGUAAUCCUGCAGACUCCCCCCCAGCCUGUGAUUGAAGGAGACUCUCUGACUCUGAGAUGUCGUGUCCGCGAUGGUUAUACAGCUACCUGGAUUCGAUUUUAUAAAGAUAAUAAAGAGUUACAGUCCCGGGCUGGCACAGAGCAGAGUCUGGAUCAUGUUUCAAAGAGUAACGAGGGGUCCUACAAGUGCAGAGUGUGGUGGAGGACGAGAAGCUCAUCUUACGAUGGUGUAUCUGCAGAGGUGCGGGUGUCAGUGAGAGAGCUGCCGAAGGCUGUGCUGACCAGCAGUCCUCAAUGGGGGGAGCUGUACACUGGAGAGACUGUCACCCUGAGCUGUGGGGUUGAGGGGGGUUUCACUGGCUGCCAAUAUCUCUGGUACAAGAGCAGUCAGGGAGGCACAGUGCAGAUCAGAGGCACCACUGGAGCCAGGUACACACUCAGCCCUGUCACUCAGUCCCAUAGUGGACAGUACCAGUGUGAGGCACAAAGAGGAGAGCCACCACGUUCCUCUCAGCGCAGCGAUCCUGUAGAAUCAGUUGCAGGCAGACCCAGUUUGAUGUUGGAACAAGAUGAGAUUCAGUUUUAUGGUACCCUGCAGAUCAGACUCCUGCACAGCCCUCGAGGGGAACGGAGCUCUCCGGACUUGGACAGGAGCCUGGUGAGUUACUGA